UUCUCUCUGCUUCUUCUUCAAUUCUUCAAUGUUCUACUUAAAAUCCUUAUUCAGGCUUAUGGGGAGUUCCCCAUUGCCAAUUGAUUCUGGGGUGGAACCUCAACUUCCUUCAGAUCUGCCCCCUAUGACCACUCAACCAGUCUCUUCUUCUUCUUCUUCUUCUUCUUCUUCUUCUCCAUAUGAUGUGUUUUUGAGUUUUAGAGGUGAGGAUACACGCACCAAUUUUACAGAUCAUUUGUACAAGGCCUUGUUUGAUAAGGGCAUCUACACCUUCAUUGAUCGAGAGCUUACAAGAGGAGAGGAAAUAUCGCCAGCCCUUGUUAGAGCAAUUGAAGAAUCAAGCAUUUCUCUCAUUGUAUUCUCUGAAAACUAUGCAUCCUCAAGCUGGUGCUUGGACGAACUCGUUGAGAUCCUUCGAUGCAAAAACUCAAAGAAACAAAUAGUUUGGCCCAUUUUUUACAAGGUGGAUCCGUCGGAUGUACGAAAGCAAAAAAAUAGUUUUGGAGAUGCAUUUAAAGGCCUUAUUGAAAGCAAAUUCAAAGAUAACGAGGAGAAGGUGCUCACAUGGAGGAAAGCACUUACAAAAGUAGCAAAUUUGUCCGGACAUACUUUCAAGGAUGGAGAGUAUGAAGCUACAUUUAUCAAGAACAUUGUUGAUGGAAUCUUAAGCCGAGUACUGAGACGCACAUAUUGGAAUGUGGCCGAGCACCCAGUUGGAAUUCAGUCUCAUGUACAAGAUGUGAAAAAGCUUUUAGAUGUUGGUGGGAAUGGUCGUCGCAUGGUUGGGAUAUGGGGGACAUCUGGAAUAGGCAAGACAACAAUUGCAAAAGCUAUAUGGAAUGCAAUUGCCCAUGAGUUUGAAGGAAGUUGUUUCUUGGAAAAUGUUAGAGAAGGAAGCUUAGUCCAGCUACAGAAGACUCUUCUUCAUAAGUAUCUAGGCAAAAAUUUGAAAAUUCAGAGUGUUGAUGAAGGAAUCGGUGUUAUAAAAGAACGGCUGAGGCAUAAAAAGAUUCUAUUAAUUCUUGACGAUGUGGACCAAUUGGGGCAGUUAGAAAAAUUGGCUGGAGAUGAUUGGUUUGGUGAGGGUAGUAGAGUAAUCAUUACUACAAAAAAUAGGAGAUUGCUAGACAAUCGUGAAAUUGAGUUGAUAUACGAGGUGAAGAAGUUAGAUUACAACCAAGCUCUUGAGCUUUUCAGUUGCCAUGCCUUUGGAAGAAGUGAACCUCCAAAAGAUUAUUUGGAACUUGCACAACGUGCAAUAACUUUUGCUGAUGGCCUUCCACUAGCUCUAGCAAUUUUAGGUUCUCAUCUUCGUGGUAUUGAUAAACGAUGUUGGCGAGUUAUAUUAGAUGGUUACGAAGGAGAACCUUAUACACAUAUUGAAAGUAUACUUCAAAAAAGUUAUGAUUCCUUGGAUCAUCGCGCAAAAGAAUAUUUUCUCGACAUUGCAUGUUUCUUCAAGGGUGAUUAUAAGGACUGUGUGCUACAAAUAGUACCCAAAAAAUUCAUUGAAGAAUUCGUUGAUAAGGCAAUGAUAACUGUUGAAGGGAGUAGGAUUUUCAUGCACGACUUGCUAGCAAACCUGGGCAAGGAUAUAGUUCACAUAGAAUCCCCCAAUGAUCCUGGCCAGCGUAGUAGAUUGUGGUUUUAUGAGGAUGUCAAACAAGUUCUAACGGAAAGUACAGGAACAAGAAAUAUUAAAGGCAUCAUGGUGAAGCUUCCAGAACCAGCUGAGAUAAUUUUGAAUCCAGAAUGCUUCCGUAAUAUGGUGAAUCUUCAAAUUUUCAUAAACCGUAAUGCAUCUCUAUGUGGGGACAUUAACUAUCUGCCCAACGCGUUAAGAUUUAUUGAUUGGCCUAGUUGUCAGUUACAAUCUUUGCCACCCAAUUUUCAAGGAAAUCGUCUUGUUGGGUUCAAUAUGCUUCGCAGUCAUAUCAGACAGUUGGAGGGAUUUAAGCAUUUGCCAAACCUGACAUAUAUGAAUUUGAGUGAGUGUCAAUCCUUAGAAAAAAUCCCAGACUUAUCCGGAAUCCCAAACAUAAAGUACUUGAUUCUAAGUUACUGUACACAUUUGGUUGAGAUUGAUGAUUCUGUUGGACUCCUUGCUAAACUACUUGUGUUAGAUCUUGAUGGAUGCUUUAAGCUUACGAGGUUUGGAACAAGACUUAGAUUGAAAUCCUUAGAAAGACUUUAUCUACAGUGUUGUGAAAGGCUUGAGAGUUUCCCAGAAAUAGAAGUCGAGAUGGAAUCACUAUGGGAAUUGAAUAUGCAAGGAAGUGGCAUAAGAGAAUUGCCUCCAUCAAUUGCAUAUCUUACUGGGCUUGAAUCUUUGAUCCUUCAUGGAUGCUUCAAUCUUACUGGGCUUGAAUUACGGCUGCUUCAUUGCUGGUCCACAUUACGUGAACUUCAUCUAUCUGGAAACAAUUUUAUCACGCUUCCGGAAUGUAUUAGCAAAUUUGUGAGCUUGUACAUGCUUUACUUGUGUGAUUGCAAGAAUCUUCUAGAAAUUCCACAAGAAGUGCUUCCACCAAGAGUACGUUUGGUAUACCUGGAUAACUGCACAUCAUUGGAAAAAAUUCCAAAACUGCCUCUAUCAUUGGAGGUUGAGAAUAAGGAACUGAGUUUGAUCAAUUGCGUUAGACUACGUGGCUAUGACAUCACAGAAGAUAUUUUUCUGGAUCAGGUAUCUUCCCAUCCGCAUUCUCAAUUUACAAUUACUCUUCCAGGCGAUGAAGUACCAAAGUGGUUCAGCUGUUGUAAAGAUGCAACACUAGUUAAAGACGAAUACACUUCUAGGGUUGCUCGAUGUGAAGUUUGUUUUGAAAUUCCUCCAAAUUUAGAUUGGGAGACGUUAAGAUUGGUUCUAUGUGUUGUUAAUAAAGGAAAGUCAGGCAUGGCAGACGCAUAUGUUCAUAUCGAUAGAAAAAUGGUCCAAUGGACCUUUAUGAACCAAAAGGAAAAUCAUGUGGAUCUUCACUGUAUUCCAUUAUUGAAUCUGAGCGAGGUACGAUUUCGUGAGGCUCAUCACCUUAUUCCAUUGCGUGUGGGGGAAGAACUGACGCGGUUGCAGCAGGGUAAUAUGUGUCAAAUUAUAUUUGAGUUCUUUGGCAUGCCCACACCCGUUAAAAUCCUCUGCGGGGUCCACUUAUUAGGCCACCAGGUUGCUGAUGUCACAGUUGAUUGUGGGCAAAGGCAGUGGUUGUUGCCUGAUGCGAUGGUAGUGGAUGAUGAUAUUCAUGAUGAUCAACACCAAGCCAACGAAUUGCUUUCCUUGCCUUCAGCAUCAGAAACUAGUCUUCGCAAGAGGCCUUGGUUAUCAGAUUUCAUGGCACUCGAUGAUGAUCAUCGUGCUAACAUCGUCGACGUCGGUGAUCAUGAAGCUCAAAGAGGAGAGGAGGAUCACCCAAAGAGGAGGCACACUGAUCUUAAUGAGGAGCCAAAGCAAUGAAGUUCCAAAGUGGUUUAUGUAAGCCCUAGAUUCAGCUGUCGAAACGAACCAAAUUUCCCGGCAAUGGUCUAGUAAUCAAGAGUGUGUUGAGGCGCCAGCAGUUUCUGAGAUUCCAUUUUAAGUGGCAUAAGGCUAUACCUUUCUUCUCAAUUGAUGCAUCCAUCAUUUAUCCGCAAAUGAACAAAAAUUGUCUAUGAUUCUUCUAUCUCGUUCAUUGGAAUUGAUGUAUGUUGGGGAUGAAAUGUAACAGAUUUAUCUAUUUCAUAAUUUCUAAUCAAGGUCUGUUGAAAAUCGGACAUUAAUUGUAAAAAGGCAUCCAAACAUGCCCAACAUAUUUUUGUUGAAAGAUUGUCUCAUUAUACUAGUGAUGUUGCUGGUAUUGGCAAGGUA